ACCCCACAAUUUGUGUAGAGAACAGCGAUGGCUUGCACGGUUAAACUUCUAUGAUUCUCUCCUUGGUGGCGUUGUCUCCAACCAAUCUUAACCAUCUACUCGGCCUCAUCACGUCACCGUAAUUCAUAAUCUCACCCCGCAAAAAGGGUGAAUCUUGAUUCUCUAUUUCUUCCAGAGAUGUCAAACUGUACGGUUGAAUCCUUCACAGUAGAGACUAGUGAUGGAGUUAAGCUCCACACAAGGCUCUUCAAGCCCAAGGAAGAGAUCAAGGACAACUUGGUUGUGGUUCUUGUGCAUCCCUUUUCAAUUUUGGGUGGUUUCCAAGGUCUCUUGAGAGGAAUAGCAGCUGGAUUUGCUGAUAAAGGUUAUAGGGCUGUAACGUUUGAUAUGAGAGGUGCUGGUAGAUCAACAGGAAGAGCUUCUCUUACUGGAUUUGCGGAAAUCAAGGACGUGGAUGCUGUCUGCAAAUGGGUUUGCGAGAAUUUGUCUACUGAUAGGAUCCUCCUGGUGGGUUCUUCUGCAGGGGCACCAAUUGCUGGAUCGGCGGUUGAUCAGAUUGAGCAAGUUGUGGGCUACGUCAGUCUCGGGUACCCUUUUGGCUUAAUAUCUUCAAUUCUUUUUGGACGACACUACAAAGCAAUCUUGAAAUCCCCCAAGCCAAAACUCUUUGUUAUGGGGACUCGAGAUGGAUUUACCAGUGUAAAGCAACUGGAGAGCAAGCUGCGUUCUGCCAGCGGGCGUGUUGAAAAGCAUCUAAUUGAAGGAGCCGGUCACUUCGAGAUGGAAGGUCCAGAUUAUGACGCAAGGAUGGUGAAUCUCAUUUCUGAAUUUAUAGCAUCAUUGUAGGACAUUUUAAACUUAUGUCAUGGUCUGUGCUUGUGCAUAAUCUCCUUUUAUGGUUUUACCAGAGCCAAUUGAUAAGCUUUGGAAGUCAUAUGUAUGUGCUGAUUAUUUCAUCUCUGUUCGAUUUGCAGGAAGUUAGCCACC